AUGGAGAUGAAGGAGGGUAAAGAUUUGAGGUGGUUCGACGUCAAGAACGUACCUGAACCUUACAUAUUCUCCAAAGAAAAUCGACCCCAGAAUCUUGAUUCUCCAGUUUGUGAUUCAAUUCCUGUUAUCGAUCUUGAAAAGAUGCCAGUUGAUGAAAUCUUGAAAGCUUCUCAAGAGUUUGGCUUCUUUCAUGUGAUCAAUCAUGGAGUCCCAGAGAAGACGAUGAAUGAUGCCAUGGAUGUUAUCAAAGAAUUCUUCGACAUGCCAUCCAAAGAUCGAAGUGGGAUCAUCCCGAAUUCCAAGAACUGGAUUUACAUCGACAGCACUGAUUAUAAUAAAGAUGGUGUGUUUUUGUGGAGGGAAAAUCUUAAGCAUCCUUGUCAUCCUUUGGAGAAAUGCAUUCCUCAAUGGCCCCAAACACCAACCAGAUAUCAGGAGGUAAUUGCAGCAUAUGUAGUGGAAACACAGAAGCUAAGUUCAAGGAUUUUAGAGAUGGCGUGCAAAGGACUAGGACUCGAUCCGGGGUACUUCACGGAUAAGAGCGAAGUUCAGUUAUUGUCGACGAACUUCUACCCGCCAUGCCCGGACCCGAGUCUAACCAUGGGGAUAUUAGCACACUAUGAUCCGAGCCUUAUUACCAUUUUGAAUCAAGGUGGUUCCACCGGUCUCCAGUUUCUGAAAGGUGAUGAAUGGAUCAAUGUUGGAGCCAUUCCUAAUGCCUUUAUUGUUAACAUGGGUAACCAACUCGAGAUUAUUAGCAACGGAAAGUUCAAAAGCCCUAAACAUCGGGUAGUGAAUAGUAGGCACGAAACUAGAAGAAGUAUCGCGAUCUUCCUGAACCCGUCUCCUGAUUGUGUCAUUGAGCCGGCAAAGGUUUUGGUCGACGGAUCGGAACCACCACGCUACGAAGCGAAUCAAUACAAAGACUUUAUUGGCCGCAACAAAUCAUUUGGCGACUACACCGCCACGCUCCUAACACAGUCGGACAAUUAA